AUUAUGAAUGUGGUAAAAAGUGCCAGACACGGAGCAGGUAUUAAUAUUAAUGUUGGUUUUUUGCCUAUUGAAAAGUCGUCUCUAGCACUGACUGUUCAAUGUUGCUAACAUUUGGGAUCAAAUGUGUGGCCCUCAGCCUUUGUCGUCUUGACGAGUUUCUCUGACCAGGAGGUGGUGGCAGCAUCGGCAUGAACGGCGACGUUGCUCAGAGCUCUGGCGACGGGGGACAAGAGGGCGAGGACGACAACAUGAAACCUCUCAACCUCGUUACUGACGCCCCCGCCGUCACCCCCACCAACACCGCAGCAACGCAGCAGAUACAGCAGCUGCUUCCCCAACAACUACCUCUCACCAUGUCGGCCGCCGGCAUCAUCAUACAGAACCACCUUGGUCAACAUGCUGUUAUUCCCGUGACGGCGGCGCUCCCGGCGGGCUUGUCUAUCACGCACCAGGACAUCCAGCAGCUUCAGCAGCAGCUACUGCUCCAGCAACAAAUGCAGGUGCAGCAGGCCCAGACGACGCUGGCCAGUUCAGUGCAGCAGUCCCCGGCCGUGCGACAGGUCCAGACAACGUCCAUGGUGCAGAUGCCGACACAGACUCCUGUCAAGGCCCAGCAAGCGGGCAUCCAGUUCCAGGCUGCCACGCCCGUCACCACCGGCCAGUCAGCAAGCACCCUGCAGCCACAGGUCCAGACGAUCCAGCUGCAGACGGCCCAGCUGGGAGGCCAGGCUCUGGCCGGCAUGCAGCAGCUGGUGUUUAUCAACCCCACGACCUUGACCUCCAUGCAGCCCCAGCUCCUUGUGCAGAAUCAGCAUAGUCUCCCAGUGCUGCAGAAUCUGGGUGCUGCGGUAGCCGUGGCCCAACAGCAGACCCCAACAGCACAGCCAGCUGUGCAGGCAAUCCAACAGCAACAACAACAGCAACAGCAGCAGCAACAACAGCAGCAGAUACAGCAGACCAGCCCUGUCACCACCAUGGCCACAACAACAGCAAUGAGCCCCACCACACCGACACACCAGACCAUGCAGAUGGCCGUGAUGGAGGAGGAGAACAUCGACCUGGAGGAGUUGGAGCAGUUUGCCAAGACAUUCAAGAGGAGACGGAUUGAGCUCGGGUUCACACAGGGUGACGUGGGACUGGCAAUGGGGAAGCUGUACGGCAACGACUUCAGCCAGACGACCAUCUCCCGCUUCGAGGCUCUCAACCUCAGCUUCAAGAACAUGUGCAAGCUGAAACCACUGCUCCACAAGUGGUUGCAGGACGCUGACGCCAUGGCACAGAACCCAGCCGCCAUAAGCAGUGCCAGUGGCGGCGCCGUCACACCGGAAUCCAUUAGUCGGCGUCGCAAGAAACGAACCAGUAUCGACACAUCAGUCCGUGUGGCGUUGGAGAAGAGCUUUUUACAGAAUCCCAAACCGUCGUCGGAGGAGAUCACGAUUCUCGCCGACAACUUGAACAUGGAGAAGGAGGUGGUGCGGGUGUGGUUCUGUAACCGGCGCCAGAAGGAGAAGCGAAUUAAUCCUCCGUCCUCUCUGACGUCGACCCAGAUGCAGCUGAUGAGUGGGAUCAACAUGAGCCAGGGUCUGCUCAGUCAGCAGAACACCACCCAGAACACCAGUGCCGGAAUUAACGUUUCCUCGCCAACACAGACACUCGUUACGGCGCCUCAGACUCAAAAUAUAUUUGUGAAUAACACUGCACCGUUAAACAUGUCCACUGCGGCAAGUCUGGUCAUUCCCAACGUGACAGCGGCACCGUCUACCUCACCGUCACAACCAAUCGUUGUCUCCGCGGCGACGGCGUUGGCCAAUGCUGCUGCAGGUGUUCCCACUGUCGGUGGUCACAUGAUACUUAGUGCGCCAGUCCAGGAUGACGACGCCUCGUGACGAUAGAGUCCGAAGCCAGGGGUGGACAUUUCGAAAAAGAACAGUUUCGUCUCUUUAUUUAAUCUUCAGUAUCCAUUCUUGCAUGACACCAGCCCUUAUUGUUUGCUUUGAGGAAGUAGGACUAUUUUGAAGUGGUACGUGAUGUUGGCACUGCGUACUGGAUGUGUGUAAACUUGCUCUGUGUUAUCCUACCUCACGAUGACCUCCAGCCAAUCUCAACACGUGAAUGAUUCUCGGUAAUAUUAGCUUGGUCAACUAAAUCCACAAGUUGUGUCCGUGGCAACUUCCAUGUUGCAGGUAGCUGCAGGGUGUUGCCAUGGUUACCUGGUUAUCCAGAAACGUCUCCGUUUCUGUGACUAUAAGAGGUGAUUGAAAUACAAUGUACAGCAUUUUCUAUGGUGACAAGGUGUUUCGAUAGUAAAAGGAGGUGGUGCGAUCUCUACAGGGAAGUGGUUCAUCGUAUGGAGGGAGGUGUUACUAUGGUAACACAGGAAACGUUACCAUGGAUGCAAGAUGUUGUGGAUCUGUUGCCCUGGCUACAAGGAGCUACCGUCCUUGCAUAAUACAACCACACGAUUCAUAGAUGUACAUUUCGGACUAGCGUUGCCCUGAUGUGCAUGUAUUGUACAGUAGAAAUUGUACAGAUUUUGCGUAAUAUUGGUCUCAGGAUGAAGCUCGAUACGAGGAGUUCCGUUUGGUAGCAGGUGCCCUUUGUUGUAACGUCACCUGUGAUUGGUUGAACGGAACCAGUCAAUGCAUUCCUUAGUUGCAGGUGCCCCUUGUGAACAAUGGCGUGUGACAUUGGUAGACUGUGUUCUGUGGUGAAGGAGGAGCCAGUACUCUGUGGACUCUUUGUGCAACAUUUUAUACAGAUUGCUGUUUUGUAUCAUGACUGUGUUUUGUACUGGGUUUCUUACAGAAGUGACCAAGUGGCUGGUCUGUGCGUGGAUGGCUGAGUGUGUUGGAGAGAUGGUGUUGUGUUUUGUACAAGAGUUAUUCUGUGUCCAUGCAGACUUUAGUGACAGAGGCAAGAUGAAGGUGAAUAAUAGCGACCUGAGGCAAAGAUGGGCCUGGUUUGAGAUAAGUCUGAACCCUGUUAUGUAGCUAAACCUGUUAGUUUGAACCUUGAAAUACAGCUAGACCCUGUAAAUCUGAACCCUAUAAACAGCUAAACCCUAUUAGUCUGAACCCUGUAACUCGUCAUGAUAUGGAAGAGGAAAAGAUCUUAUAUAUUUUGAGUUCAUUAUUUGUUUAUAAAAAUUAGUUUAGCUAUCAUAAUUUUUUUUACUCAAAAUGAGCCGUUUCAUUUCAUCACAGGGGUAGUUAAAUGGAACCACUAUGAAGUGGAUUUUUUGUUUCUGUAGAAACAUAAGUACCGUAUUCGACGUAAUAAGCGCCCCGCUCUAAUAAGCGCCCACGGCAAUAUUUGCUAAUAUAUUGGCAAGUGCACAAUCCCAAUUAGCACCCCUUCCGAUUGAUCAAAGUUAUUUA